AUAUGUUUCAUCAGGAGUGUUUCUGGUGUUCUUCAGGUGAUGGAGAUGGACGGAUCGGGUCGGAGGGUGUUGGUGGAUGAUAACCUGCCGCACAUCUUCGGCUUCACGCUGCUGGGCGACUACAUCUACUGGACGGACUGGCAGCGGCGCAGCAUCGAGCGCGUGCACAAACUCAGCCUGGAGCGCGAGGUGAUCGUCGACCAGCUGCCUGACCUCAUGGGGAUCAAGGCCACACACGUCCACCAGACCUUCGGUGUGAACCCGUGUGCGCACGCUAACGGCGGCUGCAGUCACCUGUGUCUCUAUAAGCCGCAGGGCGUGUCGUGUGCGUGUCCCAUCGGUCUGGAGCUCAUGGCCGAUCUGAGCACCUGCAUCAUCCCGAGGCCUUCCUGCUGUUCUCCCGCCACACGGACAUCAGGCGCAUCUCGCUGGAGACCAACAACAACAACGUAGCCAUUCCUCUCACCGGCGUCAAAGAAGCGUCCGCACUCGACUUCGACAUCACCGACAACCGCAUCUACUGGACCGAUAUUACACUGAAGACCAUCAGUCGUGCGUUCAUGAACGGCAGCGCUCUGGAGCACGUGGUGGAGUUCGGUCUGGACUAUCCCGAGGGAAUGGCUGUGGACUGGCUGGGAAA